AUGAGAUAUUCAACAAACGACUCACCGUUUAUGUCGCAGGUCCUUCUGUUCCCCGAAGAAGGCUGGGCGAGAAGCGCGAGUAGUUCCUACUGGACCCUAACGCCGUUCUGGUGGAGUCGCAGUCGGUGCAAAGUCGUCGAAGUCGCUGGUACAAGAAGGUACAGUACUCAGGCAAAGAUGGUUGACACGGGAACAGGCACGCUUUAUAUCAUCGGCUCGUUUAAGAGGAUGACGACCGAUCCUGACUUCAAGCUGUACCUGACGUCGAACGUCUCGUCGAGCGACUUCAACAUGGGCUACAGUAUGACGGGCACGCUGGAGCGCGGCUGCAAGAAGACCAACUCCUUCCAGAUGACCCACUUCGCGGUGAUACGGCGACGGGACUACGAGAAGGCGUACGAGGACCCGAAUCCCACCUAGUGUCCGUCCACACCCACGCUCUCCGAGUGUGGGGACUGCGAGCAUUACACGUAGUUGGGGGCAAAGGGCCGCCGGGAGAAGGGAGAUGCACUUCCGCGUGCGUUCACAUGUGCAUGUGCCGCGCGGGGGAGUGCAUUCGCCGAUGGAUGCUGGGAAGGAGUCGCUCUUCAGCACAGCAAGGUCGGUCGCGAAUUCCCGGAAAUCCCGAAGCUCCUGGCAAAUUAGCUUGACGAGAACGCCUCGAUGCGAUAAAUUGCAAAAUGUUCCAUCGCCAAUUCUUCAUGGCCGAGAACUAUCUAGAAACAUCCGUGUAUAACAUUAGACCGCUGAGAGACGCCCGUUAAAUUCCUUAUUUAUUUCUAAAAGCAGCAAUCAUUUUAUAAAAGUAGAAAAAAAAUAUAACGCACGCAUGGAACAAGUUGCGUAACAGCAAUGUUGUAAAGAAUAAAAAUGAGUAUGCAAAGAUGAAGGGUACAAGUGUGCAAAGGAAUACGAGAAGGAAUAAGAUGUAAAAAGGAAGGCAAAAGGCAGCCAUCGGAACGUUAUCUACAUUUCUCUUGUAAAAGAUGAUCAUAAAGAUGAGAGAUAAUCAAGAUGGAGUACGAAGGCAAGGGCUGUAAUUUUCGCGCAGAAUCAACAUUAGUUCGCGGUAAUAAAAGAUCACAGAGAUGGUAGGUGGAAGUAGAAAUCAAGAUAGAGUAUAUUAUGAGAAAAAGAGAAUGUGGAAAAACUUUAAUUCUCGCUGGAUAAAUAUUCUUUUUACUAGAUUUUCUACAAAAUAAAUUUUUAAUGAAUAUCGCGGAAAGAGAAAGAGCAAUUAAAUCUUCGAAGAUCGUAACAUAAGAUAUUAACUUGUGUAAUUUUUUUCUUCCACAUUGCUGCUUGCGUUGAAGCUUAAUUAGCGGUCUAAUAGAUUGCACGAUAUCUCUGUUACCUCGAGUUCUCUCUCAAGAUACGCCGAGUCCGCGCGUAAUCGAGUUCGAGAUCGAACGAGACCUGACGGCGACCUGGAAACGAUAGAAACGGACUUCGAGAAGGUAAGAAGGAAGGCCGAAAGAUCGUUAUUAUCGCGGAGAAACGAAAUACCAAAGCCGAGUGGCGGCCCUGAGUGCGACAGAGCCAAACGUCCAAAGAUAGUCCUUAAUUUAGAUUGAAUUAAUUAGCUCUUAAUGGAAGUCGGCGAGCGACGCUGUAAACGAAGAAACGUAUACAAAAGGUUGCGACGUUUGAUCGAGAGGAUGCGAAAACCUGUUUUACCAAAGUACUAGCACGUAAGUCACUCGCAACUUUCUGCCGGCGAUAAGCCAAGAUAUCGCAGCGCAAAUACACACACACAUACACACUUCUUCAACCCGCAAGGUACACUGCUUCUCAUCGAUCGACGCAUCGAUGGCCGCCGCCGCCUCGUCGAGAUUACAAUUAAAUAAGUGAUUAGCGACUAAGGCUUUUUCUCGAUCAAUUCACGGCAAAUCAACUGCCUAGGAUAGACAAUUUAUGUGCCAAUACAAAAAGCCAUCGUUGACGAGCACUGUACCUGACAAUUACUACGAGUCAGAGCGCGAGAACGCGCACGGUGGAAAGCCCGUACCGGGCGAAACGAUGUUUCCAACUCCAUUUCGCGGUUAGCCGAAAGAGCGUAAGGAUCGUUUAAAAGAAAUCUACAGUUUAUCGAGAGAAAGAGAGACUAAAACAUCUUUUAGUAUUUUGCAACGUUGCUAAAACUCGUAACUUUCUAAAACGGCAUUACCUGACAUUCUGCACCCUUCAGUUCAACUGCAAUGUGUUCAUACAGAUAUAAAGCUGCAGUAAAUUCUUAAAACAUUUUAUGAUGUAUCUUUGCGAGAUUUUUAUCAAAUUUUUUAUAAUCUCCGUUGAGAUGAAUUUCUCAACGGAAUCUAAUACCUUCUGCUUUUACUCAACGGCAUUACUUAAUGCUAACAUGAGUGGAACUUUUUUAUAAUGUCCAUUAGCUUUUUAUAAUCUCCACAAAUCUGCGUUACUGCCAUAAAUUUCUUUACAUCCAUUUUACAAUAUACAAAAAUUUCAAAUGCCUUUUAAUUCUCGAAUGUAGGUUAUUUCCACAAAAUGCGAUACAUAUAAAAAUUAAUAAAUGACUGAAAAAUUAAUAAUUCAAAGGUAUAAAUCUAUCUGUACGUAGAAAAGGCUGAUUGAUUCUGUCGAUGAACGUCUAUUGCAUUUCAAGUUUAACAGUUCGCUAUGGAGGAAAAUUUCAUAUGGGGCCCGUGUCAGAACGCCAGUUAUAAAUAUCGUUUCGCCGCUGGUUCAGGCUUUAUAGGCAGUAUAUAGCUGUAGCGUGUAGCCGGCUUACAAGGUAUUUCAAAGCUUGUUACGCGCCCCUUUCUUUGAGCCAGCGCCGACGGACGUCGCUCAAGGAAGGAAGAAAAACCCGCGAGAGGAAGAGGGAGCUUCGCUGCACUGACGCCGGACAUACACGACACAAAGCGCGAGAGACCUCUCUUAUCGUACAUUACCUUACCACGGAAUCAUCGUGAACCGGUAUGUUGUAAUGUGUAACACGAUACUUAUUUUUGCUAAAGAGUAGAAAGUCGCUCGAACCAGUCACGAUGAAUUCCGAUGAGACCUAAGUCAGUGAUCGCCGAUCGUUCGUUCGGGCACGGGAAAUAGCUCCGGCGAGUUAAAAAAAAA